UUCUCGAGAACUACAGUCGUGUUCUGAAAUGAGAAAACUUCAGUAGGGCACGAUCGCUUUUGUUUUGCUUUGUUUUUUUACUUACCUUGGUAGUGGCUGCUAAGUUAAUCAAACGAUUCUGCUAACUUGACGGGCAAAGGCAGCGGCGCCAGACUUAAAGGAGGUGACUAUGGGGUCUUUGUUUCGGAGUGAGGAAGUUUGCCUGGUGCAACUCUUCCUUCAGUCCAGUGCUGCAUACAACUGUGUCAGUGAACUGGGAGAGCUGGGAAUAGUGGAGUUCAGAGAUUUAAAUCCCAACGUAAAUGCAUUUCAGAGGAAAUUUGUGGGCGAGGUAAGACGCUGUGAGGAAAUGGAGAAAACUUUCGCCUUCCUGGAGCAGGAGAUUGGUCGCUCUCUGUCUGCCACUCUGCGUAGCCCGCUACAGCCGCCCCUGCCGACCCCCCUCGCCCCCCAACCCAGGGAGCUGCUCACCAUCGAGGAGGAGAGUGAGAAGCAGGCCCGUGAACUCAAAGAGGUGUCCAGGAACAGAGAUAGCCUCCGUGCCCAGCUUACCCAACUGUGCCAAUACAGGGGAGUGCUCAACCAGACACACUCUAUAAUGGCAUCACAGGCACCACCACCCUCCUUUGAAAACGCUGGCCUCAUAGAGAACCGGCAGGAUGUGCACCUCAGCUUUGUAGCCGGCGUGGUCCACCCCUGGAAAGUGCCGGCCUUUGAACGGCUGCUGUGGAGAGCAUGUCGCGGUUACAUCAUUGUUAACUUCUGUGAUAUGGAGGAACAACUGGAGCAUCCCGACACAGGGGAGUUGAUCCAGUGGAAAGUCUUUCUCAUCUCCUAUUGGGGAGACCAGAUUGGCCAGAAAGUGAAAAAGAUCUGUGACUGCUUCCACACACAGACAUUCCCAUAUCCGGACACUGCUGCUGAGAGAGAGGAGAUUCUUAGUGGAUUGGGGGGAAGGAUUGAAGACAUCAAGUCAGUAAUGUCCGAGACGGAGCAGUACCUGCAGCAGCUGCUGGUGAGGGCUCUGGCCCUGCUCCCCCAGUGGAAGGUGCGUGUGCAGAAGUGCAAGGCCGUGCACAUGGUGCUCAACCUGUGCAGCCCGUCCGUGACGGAGAAGUGCCUCAUCGCCGAGGCCUGGUGCCCUGUGAACCAGCUGCCCGCUCUCCAGAGUGCCCUCAGGGAGGGAGGGAGAAAGAGUGGUAGUGCGGUGGACUCAUUCUACAACAGGCUUCCCACCACGGCCCCCCCUCCCACCCUCUUCCCCACUAACUCCUUCUCUGUUGGCUUCCAGAGCAUUGUAGAUGCUUAUGGAAUAGCCAGCUACAGAGAGGUCAACCCAGCAUUGUACACCAUCAUCACGUUCCCCUUCCUGUUUGCUGUCAUGUUUGGGGACGUGGGUCAUGGUAUCCUGAUGGCCUUAGCUGCUCUUUGGAUGGUUUUAGAAGAGAAUGACCCCAAACUGAGGAGCAACACUAAUGAGAUCUGGCGCAUGAUGUUUGGCGGGCGGUACCUGAUCCUACUGAUGGGCCUGUUCUCCGUCUACACUGGAGCCAUCUACAACGAGUGCUUCAGCCGAGGACUCAGCCCCUUCCCCUCCGGAUGGCACAUUCAGCCCAUGGCCCAGCACUACAACUGGACGUCCCAAGAUCUAAAUGACAAUCAAUACCUUACUUUGGACCCCACUGUCACAGGAGUGUUCACCGGACCAUACCCUUUUGGCAUCGACCCAAUAUGGGGUCUGGCCAGUAAUCACUUAACAUUCCUCAAUUCAUACAAGAUGAAGAUGUCUGUAAUCAUUGGAGUCAUCCACAUGUCCUUUGGAGUCUGUCUGUCCUUCUUCAACUAUGUGCAUUAUAAGCAAUUCAGCUCUAUAUUUUUGGUCUUGAUCCCAGAGCUGGUGUUCCUGUUGGGUUUAUUUGGAUACCUGGUGUUCAUGGUGGUUUUUAAGUGGGUGAUGUACGGAUCUGCCGACUCGAACACAGCACCCAGUAUUCUCAUCCACUUCAUAGACAUGUUCCUGUUUGCUGAAAACAAAGAGAACGCUCCUCUUUAUGAGGGACAGAUGAUUGUGCAGAAGAUUUUGGUGGUGGUGGCUCUUUGUGCUGUUCCUGUGUUGCUCUUGGGGAAACCCAUUCACCAGUAUGUCCAGCACAAGAAAAAGAGACGCCAUGUCAUGGGAGACCGGCGGCCAUUGCUGUCUGAGAAUGGUUCCAUAAAUGCCCAGCAGGGGGAAGUAGAGAGCAGCAGUCAUUCUGAAGAGAAGGAUGAGGAGGAGUUUGACGUGGCCAACGAGUUCAUGCACCAGGCUAUCCACACCAUAGAAUACUGUCUUGGCUGCAUCUCCAACACUGCGUCCUACCUACGACUGUGGGCUCUUAGCUUGGCCCAUGCACAGCUAUCUGAGGUCCUGUGGACCAUGGUGAUGAGGAUUGGGCUGAAGUCCCAGCCAUAUGUGGGCUCUGUGAUUAUGGCAGCCAUAUUUGCAGCCUUUGCAGUGCUCACUGUGUCCAUCCUGUUGGUCAUGGAGGGACUCUCUGCCUUCUUACAUGCACUUAGGUUGCACUGGGUGGAGUUUCAGAAUAAAUUCUACAAUGGGACAGGCUACAAGUUCAACCCGUUCUCAUUCACAUCCUUAAUUAACAUUUCAUAAGGGAAUUAUUUGACUUGUUGAUUUGCCUAUUACACAUUGGCUAAGAAUUAUGUGACAUAAUCAUGCAUUUCGUCUGUACUAAGGGCUCCCACCAUUAUAAAGAUCCAGUUUGCAGUCCCUUUUUUUUGGCUUUGUUUUUGUUUGCUUUGAUUUUCUGCAUUUAAAUUGCACUAAUUCUUUGACGUGUUAUACUGUGCUCUGUUAUUUCCUAUUCACCUCUCAAAUUCUUGUAUAAUUUACGUAACCAAAAUAUUUGUCUGACCAAUUUUGUUACAUGCACAUUGAUUGUGACUGACUGACUGAAAGGCUGACAUGAGCAUUUGUUCUCGGUGCCAUAUCCUUUCCUCGUUCCAUGAUGAGCCAUAUCGUUGACAGAACAUAGAAAGAGUUUAGACUGACCUAAGUGGUGUGCCAGCUCACAGAAGACAUCUUUGGCCUGCCACUGCAAUUUCUAUGAAAGUUGUUGCUGAUCCCUAAACUGUUACCAAAAGUGACAUUGUUAGUCCCUAUAAACAUGUUUGUACCUCACCCUAUAUGUCCAUUGCAGACUGACUUGACAGUGUUUUACAAACUGCUUGUAUGCUGAUUAAAGCAUUGCGGAGACCGACGGCGACAUGAGUGCAGCAAACUAUGCUUUCGUCAUUCAAUUACUCUGACCCCAUUAUUCUCAGUACAACCCCACACACCAGCGUCGAACUCUGCCGCCACCUCCGCUAGUGUGCGGGGUUGUAUUGAGAAUAAUGUAAGCGAAUGUCGAAAGCAGAGUGUGUCCACAGCGCUUUAGAAACAUCAUGUGAAUGUGCCCCAUGAAUUUCUCCUUGAAACUACAGUGGUUAAAUUCCACUUUAACACGCAUGAACCCAAUAAUGAAUGCAUUAACAACAUUCCAUUUUUUUUUGCAUGGCUAUGACAUGUCAGAUUGUAUCCUAAUUUGCCCGUGAAAUUAAAUAUAUAGAGAAUAUUUUCAACAA